CACACAGCCGUAUGUCGUUUCAUUACGUCGCAAAUAAAAACAAGCGACCGCGCAUGCGUAAAGAGUUUCCAUGGUUACCUGGACGCUACACAGCCGUUUCAGCAUGGCGCCCAAGAAAGCAACGUCAUCCAAAAAGGGACCUAAGCUAAACAAGGCUCAAAAGGCGAAGCUGCAGCAAGAAGAUGAGGAGAGAAGGCUGCGAGAGGAGGAGGAAGUGAGGGUCCAAGCGGAGAAAGAAGAGCAGGAAAGACUGGAAAGAGAGAGAAAGGAGAAGGAGCUAGAAAUACUCGAGCUAAGGGACCUAGAUCGCAGAGAAGAUGAGCUGAACGAACUCCGCCACCUCCUGGAGGACAAUCAUACUGCAGUAACCAAAUGGAAAACUGAUGCUGAGGAGAAAGUCAAGUGGGAGAAAUACAUGCAGUCUGAUGAUACCCCAGACCCGACAGUACAGCAGGAUGUUAACAGGUACAUCAGUCUAUGGAGAGAUGACCCAGAAAUUAACAUCGCACUCGUGCUCAAGCAGUGUAAGGUCGCUCUACAGCUGAUCGAGGAGCUGGAAGUUCUACUCAGAGAAGCUACAAAUCCACAAGAAAGCCUCAAGUAUCAGGAGGCUAUUAUAAAUUUGCAGGAGCUGGUCCAUGCUAAACACAUCCUCACCACUGAGGACGCCCUCAAGAGGGCCAAUGCGAACAUUGACACGGAGACAGGCAACAUGCAGACUGUGGUCAAAGAUGACAACAUUACACUGUGUCUCUGGGCCAACCUCAAGAAGAAUCCAAGGUUUAAAGGUUUAACCUUCGAAGAGGUGGGCCAUGGAUUUGAGCUUCCCAAACAGCUGGCUGUGAGUGAUAUUGCUGUACGGAUCCUCCACACACGUUAUGACCACCUGUCCUUGUUGGCUAGGAUGACUCACCUCAGAAUACACACACCCAGCCACAGGUCUCUUAUGGGUGGAGAGGAGAUUCCCGCAGACACAGCUGUACCUGAGCAGGGGGAGACAAAAGUAGACGAGGAGGUGAAGGUGGACGACGAGACGCAGCAGCAGAGAGUGGACGAGGAGGUGAAGUCCAUUGCAGGGUCUGAAGGGCAGAAGAGCGCAGCCAGUGUACGGUCAGGGAAAAGUAGUACAAAGUCUACAGAGGAACAAGGGAGCAAAGUACAGACAGAGGUGGAGGCACUCGAUGAGGGGGACUUGACUUCUCCCCCAGUGGAGCUACCAAUGAUGGACCAUGGUGUCCGGGUGGUGGAUUUAAUGCAGUACACACCUCUGGGUGGGGUCCACUAUUAUGAUGUGUUUCACCUGCCGCCACAAGCUCACCAUGUCAAUGGCUGGGAAAUUAGACAGGUGUUGAACAAAGGGCUGCAGGUGUUCCCCUAUCCUGUGGAGAAUUCUAACGCCGAUGACAAAGAGGCUCUUACGUGCCCUCCUAUUGGUGUAUCUGUGACACUGCCAGACUCUGUUGUCUUCUUGGAAACUCCCCGAGUGGCUCGCUGGGAUGCUGCAGGAAAGCAGUGGAGGAUGGAUGGUAUCACAGACAUCUUAUAUGAGGAGGAGGAGGCCAAGAUCUCCUUCAAGAUGGACUCCUUUCAGGCCUUUGUGCUGAUGCAGGAAACCUAUGUCAACUUUCCCUUCCAGAGCUGGGAACUCAGGCCAUCGGGCCAAGACUCUGCUGUUUUUACCAUCAACGGGGCACUCAUUGACCUCAGUAUCACAAUCCAGGGCAAUCAGUGCAUGUUGCUGUCAGAGCAAGACAGAGGUCUCUCUCACCUCAUAGGAAAGUGGAUGACCAGCCCCGCUCUGCAGAGAGCCAUGCUCAACGCUGGGAUCAACAUCUUUGUAAAUGAGUACACGGACAAAUACGUCAGCAACUGCGGCAAGGACCCACUCACAGAACAUGCUGCUUACGAACAGAUGGCCCUCUUUGCCUCUGCUUGCGCAUUCUCGUGGAGCAAGUGGAAUGCCAAAUGUGACGCUCAGCAUCUGGUCAUACAGGUGUGUGAGCACCAUGGCCCAGCCCCUGUGCCAAAGGACUCAUGGAGCCUCUAUCUGUUGGGUGCUCAGAGGAGUCAGAAGCUGGAAAUCACAGAGAGAAGCACGGAUUUCUCUCCAGACCAUUACCCCGGCAGUGAGAUCCACUCCACCUUCAUCCACAUGCUCCAGGACAGCAUGAGCAUUGAUGGCAUAGCUAGGACCAGAGAAUGCAAUUAUCUGUUUGUUGAUGCAGUACAGAGCCUGCUCUGUGCCACCAGACCCCUGAUGUAUUCAUAACCUGUGUGAAUUUGAAAAUGAAGACAUUUAAAAUGUGCAUUUGGAUGGACAUAAGAACACACAUCUAUUGUGGAAUUGGCUACUUUAUUUGUGCAAAGUUCCACGCAUCUUCUUUAGAACAUACAAAAGUGUACGAAGUUGAAAACGGUGACAACCACAGCAAGAACUCAGAGAGAAAUAAAAAAAAAACCUUUGGUG